GAUGUUGACCUAAUUAGUAUGUACUAUGUGACCUGAUUUCACCGUGGACUAGAAAGGUGUGACCCAGUAAUAUAAACAGGUGUGAUAGACUCUACAGCUAAAUAAGACAGUGAAGGUUCUCAUAAUCUGCUGAAGAAAUCACAAUGGCAGAGACAAGCACCACACAAACCACUACCACCACCACCACAUCCUCCUUUGACAUCUCUGUGAGCUUUGACUAUCUGAAGACUGUGCCUGGGAUAUUUGUGAUUGUGGAAUUGGUUUUGAGCCUCAUUGUGUUAAUCUGUGCAUCCCUGGCAGUAAUUUAUGGUGGGUUUGGCUGGGUGGUGUUUGUGGCUGUUCUGGGACUCAUCUGUUCCAUUCUCCUCAUUGUCUUCUACAUCCUGGGCUUUGUUAGCAGGAUCUCUAUGUGGCUGCUACUGGAAUUUAUUUACUAUGUGGUGAUGUUUCUCUUCUGGAUCAUAGCAUUCAUAGUGGCUGCAGUUUUGACUGGCCAGAACAAUCAGUCCAUCCUGUACCUUUGGUAUUUUCGUACGACCAGUUAUCUUGGAGCCAUGAUUGCUGCUACUGUCUUCUCCUGCUUUGCAAUGAUCAUCUUUGGGAUUCAUUGCUUCUUUGCGUUCCGUGCGUGGAGAGGUCAGCCAUUGUUUGCCACUGUGGUGACCAGUGGUCAGACCAGCACCAGUGCCCAGAAGACAACCACAGUGACCUCUGGCUAGACAUGAGAACUGGCUCCUCUUGGCUGCAACUGAAACCAAAGCAACAUUAUAGAGUGACAAAUGGGGGUUUUCAGGUUUUCUUAUAGUUUUCUAAUUAUAAGUUUGUAUUAAAAAAUUACGUGAAAUUGGAUAGGUAAUAAAACAAUAUAAAGUCAAUAUUGCAAGAAAUAUACGAAUUCUUGCAUAUUUGUCCACAAACUUGUUUUCUCAAAAGAAAAAAUAUUAAGAUUACUGUGUUUUAACCAUGAUUUCAAAUACUUUGUAUCAAUGACCAGAAUGUUUGUAAGCAGUCACAUUAAUCAAUAUUUUUGAAGCCAAGUUUUAUAAAGAAUUCCAACAUUCCAGAAUGCUUUAAACAUACUGUGUAUGACCAGCUGUCCAGUUAGUGUUAACUUCCCUUGGAUAAUAGGGACGUUUGUUAUAUGGUAUUUCAAGUAGAUUUUAAUAUCUCAUGAGCAGGUGAUUUGUUUGUAAUGUUUAUAUGGACCAAGUUGUAAACCAAGGAACUUUUGAACUUAUGAAGGUUAGAUGUUUUGCAUGUACAUGUGCUAUUUGAAAUGUACGGUUAUUUGCAUAGAAAAAGUUGGACAUCAGUGAGAUUUAUCAUAUGUUAGUGGUAAAAUUUAUAUUAUUUGAUUUUUUAUGCAUUCCUUGGCUGGGGUUGUUUAUUCUCUGAAUAUGUGCAAGUUUUGUUUUGAUGUGUGGUGUUACACUGUAGAAGGAUUACUGGUUUAAGGGGGGGGGGGUCACAUUUCAGUGUGUGCUGGUACAGUGUAGACAGAGACUGGCUUAAAGGGGGCAUAUUUCAAUGUGUGCUGGUAUACGAUGUAGACAGAGACUGGUUUAAUGCAGUAUAUGUAAUUAGUCAUUCCAGAGAACUGACCUAAGCUUGCUAGCUAAACUGUAUCAUAGAGCUCAACCAAUCUCUCAGUAAUCCCAAUAGCUGCAAAUACUAGUAAUGUAUGUAUAUGCCGAUUUAAGUUUAUGAAAAAAGAAUUAACUGAUACAUUGAAGUGAUGCUUAGACCUUAAGGCACUGCCCAUUGUUGACCAGUCAUCAAACUAUUGUUAGCUGCAUGUUAAUGUCAUCACAAUGAUUUGAUGUUAAUUUAAAUGAAAAAAAUUCCCAAAAAAAAUACCAAAUAUAAUUUGUGGUGAAAGCGUGUACAGAUCUAUCUGUAAGUGGUGCCCACUGGUGGAAAUAGUGUUAACUUUAUUUUAUUUUGUAUCUUCAGUGUGUGUCUAUUUAUUGACAUCUUGCUUCUAAAGCUGUUAUUUUGCCAUACGUGCUAGUAAGCAAUUACUUGCUACUGACGGUGCUGCUUUGCUAUGUGUAAAUUCACUGUUCCCAUUUUAUACGUUUUACCGCGUGUCAUAUUUUAUAUUUUGUCAGCAUUUUUGCUGAUAUCAGCUGAUUACUUCAUUAUGCUAUGCCUGUUCUAUGUAGUUAUAAGACAUUUAUACUGCUCUGUGUAUUUUCAUAUUCAAGUGUGCUUCAGUUGUUUUUAUACAGUAUGUUUGAGCAAUAAUUAAUUGCUUGAGUGCCCAGUCAGAAAAGGAAGCAUUUCAAUAUCCCAUCCUGCUUAUUUCAUUAAUGUUGGUGCUUUUCAGAUUUGUUGUCUACACUUGGAACUAGUUUCAGCUUCAAGUAGUUUUGGAGAUUAAUUCAUAGUUAAUGGCAGUAGUGCAUUAUAUUGGAAAUUUUCUGUAGAAUUCAUUUUCCCUGCUGAUAAAACUUUCAAGUGUGAGCAUCUGAUGUGUGCUAGUAAGUACAGUGCAGUACAGAGGGUGGACUUCUACAUCACCAUUUUGUAGGAACACUUUGUUAUAGUAUAUUAAUUUUUCAAAUUAAAGGAAAAAUUUCCUCUUAUGUGUGACUAAAUAACUAUAUUUGGUAAAUGUGUUGUGCCUGUUGUAUUUGCCUCCAUUGUGGAUUUGACUGUCAUGUUGGCUCCGUAACUACUAGCAGCUGUUGAUAUGAAUUUUCACAUUUUUAAACAAGGAAUAGCAUAAAUAUAUAUGCACUGUUUUCUGCUUAAAAUUACUAUAAUUAUUUUGAUGGCAAAAAUGAAAACUUUAGACAAUGCUUCAGUGUGUUUCUAAAGCCUUAUUGGUAUUGUACUGUUUUCUAGGGUAUAUAUGAGUAGUAUUGACUGUACUAACUCUAUUUAAAUGUUACUGCAUAAUCAUAUUCUCAUAUUCUACUGUUAGUUCAACCAAUUCAAGAUUUCAAUACAGUGGAUGCUGUUUAUAUAUUUGAUCUUGGUUAAGAAUUUAUGUAUUUGUUAGCUUCAUUGUACACAAACUUUAUCUAUAAUUCUUUUACAAAGGAUUAUUUAUAUGAGUCACUAAACUCAUACAAGACAAGAAAGGCAGCUUUUUAAAAAUAUAACACUAAAUUAUACACUAUAAGAGCAAUUUUGAAUAGUACUUUUGAUAAGUAUUCCUUUCUUAACUUCCAUCUAUACCUUUGGGGCCAUUCAGAAUAGAACAUCUCAGAUAGACUUCAUGAUGGGUUAAGGCAGAUGUAUCCGUGAAGGCAGAUGUAUCCGGGAAGGCAGAUGUAUCCAUGGCCUCAUAUGAAGGCAUAUUUAUUGGUUACCUCAUACUGUACAAGACAUCAUUAUUCCACUGUUAUUUUGCCAGGGUGAGGAGUGUUUUAUUAUUAUUUUUUUAUAGAUGUAUGGUAUUAAAUAUUAUUUUAGAUUUAGGAUCACUUUUUAAAUUUUAAUUCUUCUUUAGUGAAGAAACGGGGUUGUCAUUUUUAAACUUUUUACAGAGAAACUGCAUGUCUGGAUGUAUUUAUUAACUUUAUAUAUAAUAUUUUUCUGUACUCAUUAACUUCGUGUAAUAUUUCUCUAUAAUUUAUAUACCAGAAUCUCUAGAUGUUAGCUUUAAUUAUUGCUGAGCAAAAUAAAUAUGUAUUCAUGGCUUUA